AUGGACUGGUGCUUGGGCAGCGUAACCGUUUUUAAUAAGGAGGAUUUUGAAGGGGAGUGGGUCAGGGUGGCGAGCGGAGGCUUUGGGCAGGUGUACCGAGUGAAGCACAAGCGGUGGAGGAUGGUCUAUGCUGUGAAAUGCUCCCCGUGUCUGCUGCCGGAUUCCAGCUCAGACAGCAUGAACUGCCUUGUCGAAGAGGCAGCCAAGAUGGAGAAAAUAAAAUUCCAGCAUAUCUUCUCCAUCUAUGGGAUUUGCAACAGCCCACCGGGGAUAGUGAUGGAAUACAUGGCCCAGGGGUCCUUGGAAACAGUGCUCCCCACCCACAAAUUAUCCUGGCAGCUCAAGUUCCGCAUUAUCCAUGAGACGGGGUUGGCUAUGAAUUUCCUGCACAGCAUGACACCUCCUUUACUUCACUUAGACUUAAAACCAGGGAAUAUUCUUCUAGAUGGGAAUAUGCACGUUAAGAUUUCAGACUUUGGGUUGUCCAGAUGGAUGGAGCAGUCGAGCCGGAUGCAGUACAUUGAGAGAUCAGCCUUGCGGGGCACCCUGAGCUACAUCCCGCCCGAAAUGUUUCUCCACAGCACCAGGCCGCCAGGACCCGAAUAUGAUGUGUAUAGCUUCGGGAUUGUCAUUUGGGAGGUUCUUAUGCAGAAGAAGCCAUAUUCAGGAGCCAACAUGAUGGCCAUCAUAGUCGGGAUUUCAGCAGGCAGGCGGCCCUGCCUAGAGUCCCUCUGUGAUGAGUGGCCAGGGGAAUGCCAGCAGAUGGUUGACUUGAUGAAGAGGUGCUGGGACCAAGACCCCAAAAAAAGGCCACGCUUCACAGAUAUCCCUGUGGAAACUGACAUGCUCCUGUCAUUAAUGCAAAGCCUCCUGGUGGAUCCAGAGAAUGAGCGCCUCGUCAGGAAGGUGUCUCACAAGCCCACCUUAUCUGGGAGCCAAAAAAAAGCACCAGUUCAGGAGAGAGUUCAGGAGUCCAAGGAGACCGCAUUCGACAUAGCCAUGAUUGGCAGCCAGGGAGGGGAAGAGACUGAUUUCCCACAUUCCCCCGCCAGCGAGGUCGAGGGCCUGGAGAGCUUCAUAAUGUCCAAGGAAGUCCGCAGGGCCCAGGAAAAUGGCCUCACCCUGCUUCACCUCGUGGUGAUUCAAGGAAAUGUGGAGAAGAUGAAGUUUCUGUUGAGUCAGGAGGCCAACGUGGACAGCCAGCUGGUCUGUGGCUACACCCCACUCAUCGUGGUGGUCCAGAAGAGGUUACCAGAGAUCUGCUCGGUUCUAAUAGAGCACGGUGUGGAUGUCAACAUGGCCGACAAAGACGGUUGGUCUCCUCUUCACUUCGCGGCUCAGAAUGGGGAUGACAGGAUUGUGCGCCUCUUGCUGGACCACCAGGCGCAGGCAGACUCCCAAGAACAUGAAGGAUGGACUCCGCUCCACUUGGCAUCUCAGAACAAUUUCGAGAAUGUGGCCCGGGUGCUGCUUUCCCGCCAGGCUGAUCCCAAUUGCCAGGAGAACGAUGGGAGAACUGCCCUCCACGUGGCAGCUUGCUUCGGGCUCAUCAGCCUUGUGAAACUCCUAGCUAGCCAAGGAGCUGACCUAGAGAGGAAGCAGAAGAACCACCGGACCCCACUGCACUUUGCCGUGGAGAGGGGUAAGUUCAGGGUGGUCCAAUACCUGCUGAAGAGUGGGGCAUCUGUCAACUGCCUGGAUGAGAAUCACUACAGUGCCUUGCACAUGGCCGCGGUGAAGGGGAAAUACCUGAUAUGUGAGAAAUUGAUCAAAUACGGGGCCAACGUGGACUUGAGGACGGACAAAGGGUGGACCCCCCUACACCUGGCUUGUUUUAAGGGCCACAUCGAAAUCAUCCGCCUGCUAAGAGACAACCACGCUAAACUGAAUGUCAAAGGAGGCAUGGAUUGGACACCUCUUCACGUGGCCACCCGCUAUAGCGAAGAGUCUGUGGUCUGCGAGCUCCUGAGAAGUGGGGUGGACCCCAACAUCACUGAGAAAUCAGAGUGGACCCCUCUCCACCUCGCAGUCCAGCGGGGUACCUUCCUGAGCAUCAUCAACCUUCUGGAGCACAAAGCAGACAUCAAUGUUAAGAACAAGGUGGGUUGGACUCCCCUGCACCUCGCUGUCCUCAGUGGCAACGUGGCUAUCAUAAAGACCUUAAUCAAGGCUGGUGCUGUGCUGGAGGUGGAGGACAUGACUGGCUGCACGCCCUUCCAGCUGGCCAUUAGGAAUCAGAAGCAAAGCAUUGCUACCUUGCUGCAAGGCCAGGACUUGCCAGUGAAUAACAUGGGGAGCAGGGUGACAUGGAGUGGUGAAAAAGCUUAA